AUGACAUGGACUAUUGUUACAAACUCAGAUAUUAGAUACAGCAAAGACAUUUAUAUAGCACCAGAAAGAUCAAAGGCAUUGAAAUCUAAUCUUGUUGCUAAACGUUAUCAUUUUGAUAAAUCUUCAAAAUAUCAGCAAUGUUUUCAAGAUGAUUAUUUAUUAAUGAAACGUACUACUUCUUCUGCAAGUUCGGAUAAUCAUCAUCUAAAAAAAAUGAAAAUGAUUAAUGAUAACGAGCAAUUUUGGUCUGCUUUGGUGAACAAUGAUAAUUUAAUGUCCUCGACGAUUCAAUUUCAGCAAGUAUUAGUUUCAAAACUCAGGGCAGGUAUUCAGCCAUCUCGAAUGCGGGGUCAAGUUUGGCAAAUUUUAUCUGGGUCUACUUCCUUACAUCUUGAUACACUUUAUGAACAAUUAAAAAAUGAACCUACUCCCUAUGAAUCACUUAUUAAGCGAGACGUAUGUCGAACCUUUCCAAACACAGAUAUGUUUAGUCAAGAAAGUGGACAAAAGGCUUUAGAACGUGUUUUACGUGCUUAUAGUCUUUAUGAUACUGAAGUGGGUUAUUGUCAGGGUUUAGCAUUCUUAGUAGGACCUUUAUUACUUAAUGCAACUUUAACGCAUAUGUCUGAGAAGCAAGCCUUUUGUGUAUUUAUUAGACUAAUGGAAACUUAUGGAAUGAGAACUCUCUAUACUCAAGAUAUGGAAGGACUUCAUUUACGUCUAUUUCAAUUUGAUGUUUUAUUACUAGAGUAUCUUCCAAAACUACAUUAUUUCUUGAAUACUCUACAUGAAAUUCAUUCACAAAUGUAUGUUUCUCAAUGGUUUCUAACUAUCUUUGCCUACAUUUUCCCUCUUCCGCUUAUUUAUCGAAUAUACGAUAUCAUGUUUGCCGAGGGUCCUACUGAAACAGUUUUUCGAUUAGCUUUUACUUUAUUAAAGAAGUCAUCAAACGACAUAAUGGAGCUAACGGAAUUCGAAGAUAUAAGUCAUUAUCUUUCUACAAAGUUAAUUGAACCUUACCAUCAAGAUUAUGAUAAGAUAAUUGAUGACUCUAUGGCAUUGAAUGAGUUUAUUACAAAAGCAAAACUAUGUGAAAUUGAAAAAGAAUAUUACGCAAAGAAGGAAGAGACUAGGAUAUCAAAUAUACCAACAUCUACUGUAAAUAACAACAAGAGAAAAGUAACAAGUAAUAAUAAAAAAUCUGGCUGGUUCAGUACUUUACAAAAAUCAAUGACAUUCAAAAGGGAUUUAUCUGAUGAUGAUGAUGAUAAUGAUAUUUUACAACAAAAGCCAAUAAAAGAUAGGAAUUCGAUCCUCUCUUCUUCUUCCUCUUCUUCUUCCUCUUCUUCUUCGUCUCCUCCUCCAGCAUCUACUAGAGAAAAUUCACAAAAGCCUUUAUCAAACUCUCAGUCAAAUUCAAGUCAUAUUAAUUCUGAAAUAGUAAUGCUACAUCAACAAAUUGAAGACUUGGUCUCGGCGCUUGCUGAAGUUCAGAAAGACAAUCGAAUGUUAAAUAUGAAAAUACUAGCUUUAACAAGCUCUUCUGGCUUACACGAACAAGUUGUACCUAUUGAUGACACACAUAAUCAACUAUCAAAAAAAGAGAAUGAGACUGUAGAAUUAAAGGAGAGAGACAAAGUUCAUUGUCAUUGUGGACUUGAACAAUUAUUAAUAGAAGCAAAUUCACGUAUUCGUGAUUUAGAAGCAGCAUUAGCUAAACAACAACAACAACAACAAAGAAAGAAUUCACGUGUAUCGACGCAUAUUCGAUCUUUAUCUUUAAGUAGCGAUACAUCUUCUUCUUCUUUAUCGUCCUCUAGUUCAUAUGAAGUAGCACAGCCAUUAUCGCCUGUUUUCUCGGACACAAAUUAUCAAUAUCAUAAUGAUGAAUAUAGGUCAGUCACAAUACAUGAUCAAGAUCAAGAUCAAUUUAGAACUAUUAUCAUGUCAUCAUCUCAAGACAAUCAUCAUCAUUUAAAAGAAGAUACACUACAAUCGCCCCUUUUAAUAUCAACAAAAUCAAACAGCUAUUAUAAAAAGGCGAUAUGA